CGAAUAUUCAAAUUAAACGCUUGAUUUAUAAGAAAACACCUGUGCCUGACACCGCAGGAUUCUGAUAACUUCACAGUCUUUGAUAAUUUGCCUUCUACAAACAUGAAUCUAUUCUUGAUCACUUUUCUGCUGUUUUCAUUCCUGACAGGCGGCGCAAAGAGCUUUUCUACGAGCUUUGGAGGUAGCUGUGACCUUAAAAAAUGUCAGCUUAAGUGCAAGGCAAAGGGCUCCUCAAAAGGAAUAUGCAUACUCAUUUGGAACAAAGACAUGGGCCGGAGACUGUACAUGAGAUGCAAAUGUGUACAGAAGAGAAAUUAAAUGUGCUCAAGGCACUUACAUCGAAUGCUUCCUACCUUGUGCAUGAAUUUCUAAAUUAUUGCACAUAAACGGUUAU